AUGAACAAUGUUUCAGCUAUUUCAAUGCUUUUUCUCUCAGGUUUAAACGAGACAAGGAAUUACAGAUCAAUUCUUUUCUUUCUCACUUUCUUGUGUUACGUUAUAAUCAUCCUUGUAAAUGUUUGUGUUGUUCUGACAAUAAUUUUGAAUAAUGAACUCCAUGAACCAAUGUAUAUUCUGCUCUGUGCUUUUUGCAUGAAUUCCAUUUAUGGAACAGCAGGUUUCUAUCCUAAAUUUCUGUCAGAUCUGCUCUCUCCUGUUCAUGUCAUCUCUUAUUCAGGCUGCCUUCUGCAGGCUCAGGUGUUGUACUCCUUCGCCUGUAGUGAUCUGUCCAUCCUUGCCCUCAUGGCAUAUGACCGUUAUCUGGCUAUAUGUCGACCACUGGAGUACCACUCCGUCAUGUCAAAGAAAAGAGUCAUCACUUUGGUUUGUCUCGCCUGGUUAACACCUUUCUUCAUUAUAGCUGUAAGCACCUUAUUAGCUUCUAGGUUGAAGCUAUGUAGCCAGUAUCUAAACAGACUGAUCUGUUUGAACUGGAGCAUUGUUAUGCUUGCUUGUUUUCCAGCUGAAACUAUAAUUAACAGCAUCAUUGGAAAUAUUACAAUAGGUAUUUAUGUUCUUCACAGUGUUGUCAUUGUGUGGUCCUACAUGUUUCUUAUCAAAACUUGUGUAGGUUCUAUAGAAAACAGGAGAAAGUUCAUGCAAACAUGUGUGCCACAUUUGAUCUCCUUGUUCACUUUUUCUGCAACUUUACUUUUUGAUGUUAUAUAUAUUCGAUUUGAGACCAAUAAUUUACCAACAGCUCUUAAAUACUUUGUCUCAAUAGAAUUUCUCAUCAUUCCUCCUAUAAUGAAUCCACUGAUUUAUGGUUUCAAGUUGACCAAAAUAAGAAAAAAACUUCUAAGUGUGGCAGCUAUGAAAUGCAGUCUUUAA